AUGCUACAUGUGGCCUCGCUGCCCCGUCCAUAUGCAGACUUCGCUGGCCACGUCCUGCUGCUCGUCAGCUUGCUUCUCGACAGCAUCGACGGUUUCACGCCAGACCCAGAGCCUAAUGCACCCAGCCACACGGACAGGAUGCUAUACACACCUGCACUGUGCUUCCUAUGGCUCAAUGAGAAUACCCUGCAUGAUAUGACAGGGUGCCGUUCGCCAGAGCCAACGGGAAUGGGUAUGUCUGACGACGACUAUGAUCAUGACCACGAUCGCAGCAGAUAUGAGCCGCAACAGCGCACUCGGUCGCCAUCUCCUCCGCCUGCGGCCACACCAGCUCCUAUUCCCGCUGGGGUCCCCAACAAUAUCAGCGAGCGGCUAAUGACACUCUCGAAGCAACUGGAAUCUGCGCUUGAGCUCUCGCGCUCUCUUGAGGCGCAGCAUUCAGUCGCACAGUCGACCAUUUCCUUAUUGGAGUCGAAGGUCGCCUCGCUGGAGAGUCUUGUGCAUGACACUCGCUCACAGGUUCAGGUGCAGACAGAAGCAACCGAGCAACUAGCUGAGGCCAUGCGCUCGGAACAACCCCCAGACUCAGCAGCACAGGAGGCCGAGCAGAGGACGCGGGAGUUGUUGAAACGCGCUGACCCGCGCAGUCAGGAACGAGCUCACAAGCUCGGGCGCGCGAGUAGCCGGGGGCCGGAGGCCCCUAUCGUAGUAUAUAACGACCCCGCGCAAUGUACGUACCGCACGCAAUUGUCCCUUAUGGGCAUCACUACGCCCGUGGACAAAUGCGCCCCGCAUCGUUCGCACCGGUUGUUCCAACAGGAGUCGCUGACAGAAAUGGUGAACGAGUGGAAAAAGAACGUUGAAGGCCGAUGGAGCAAUGUGCAGGAAGAGUGGACCGAGGAGCGGGAGCGCCUGCACCGCGUGAAAGACAAGUGGGAGACGCGCAUCCGGGUUGUCGAGGAUGGUGUCGGCAGCAACGUUUCGAAGGUCGAGUCGAUGCUCGGGACUUUGGCUGCGCUGCCUGCGCAACAACAUUCUUUUCUGAACAGAAACAGAAAGCUCACCCAUAGUGGCGGCCUCGUUACGCCCCCUAGCCCGCGCAGCCUGUCAGCGGAGUCGACGCGCCCACGACAGAGGCGAAAACGCAGCAGCUCAUCAAGAGGCCGCUUGCGGUCACGGUCUGCCUCCAUGGCUGCUAGCAUGAAGGUAGGCUUGUCUGCAUCAUCGAUUUCUGGCAACGCCACUGAAUCUCACCCACUCACGCGGUGGCGCUUGCCUUGGACCGCUGAUGACUCGAGCAUCAGCGACACGGAAUCGCAUGCGGCCAGUGAUAGGGCGACAGCUGCAGGCGAGGAUGAGCCGACAAGGAAUCUCAAGGGUAUGCCGUUCCCAAUCACCCCGGAGUCCUCAGUUCUGAACCAUCCACUUUCGUCCUCGGAAGAUGCGUCUGGGACAGCAACCGACUUGCAGACGCGGCCGCCGCCAAAAGAUCUGGCACGUUGUCCUGUUUACUUAUCUUCUGUUUCGCUGAGUUGA